UUUCUAGAUGACGUAUUAACAAUACAAGACAUACUACAGGACAAAUACAAAUCCGAAAAUCAAGAAAAACUCAAUAAAAAUGGUUGUCUUAUGCAAUGUAUGUUUCAAAAGGAUGGAAUGAUGGAAGAUGCAGAAUAUAAGGUAGAAAAGAUGCAUAGUGAAUUCAUCAAGAAAACAAAUGUUCAACCAGGAGAUAAAAGGUUCGAAGGUCUGGAUACUUGCAUAAACGAAUCAAAAGACGUUACAGAAAAAUGCGAAAAAGCAUUUCUUUUAACUACAUGUUAUUUCAAAUCUGAACGUGAGCACUUGCAUGACUAUGGGUAUGAUGAAUCCACAGAAUAGUGAAUAGAAAAAUAACCGAAAUAUAAUUAAUAUGAUAAAAUUUACAUUGAACAGCAUUUUCAAUAAAGAGUAU